GAUUCCCUAGCGCCAGUUGGCCAAUUCGUCAAUUCGGACGACGCACACAAUGGUGCGACAUUUGAGGCUUGCGUCGGAGAUGGCCUCAUGUCACUUCGAUCGGAGGAGGAGGUAGGUUACGAUGGCAGUCAGUUGUAUGGAGGUCAUGGGGUCGCACAAUUCCUCCGACAAUCCCUGAUUAAACUUCCGCUCAAAUGUUGCCGACGUGCAUCAGACAAUUGAAUGGGUCACAUUCGAAGGCGAGAGAAAUCCCACAAUGUUGGCUAUCGGGGGAUGCGUAUGCUCUUGGCUUGCGCGCGUUAGAGCUCAAUGGGCUCAGUGAGGCCGCGAUCAGAGCCCACACGGGGCAAGGCGAGUCUUGCCUUGGAUCUAGUGACGAGGGGAAAUGAAUGCGACUGGAAUUUGUUUAAUCGAUUUUACCUUGAUUUCCUGUUGUAGACAAGAAUCAAGGCGAAAUCGAUGUGACAGAUGGUAAAGCGAUCGUAAGCUUCAUUCUGUGUUUUUUCAUGUGGUAUUUUGGCUUGAGGCGGUUGUUCGUGAAGUUUGUGGACGAGAUGAGCGAGUGGUGCACCUGUUUGGGCUGCUCACCUUGAUUGACAUUUGCAUUGAAGAGCACGAAAAUUCAUGGAUAUGCAAAGAAACCAAAGGUUGUCGUUUUACUUUGAAGAAAAUCGGUAAUUAUGUCAGAGUCAGGUAACUUAUCAAUGGAAGAGUCGGCACCGCCCGAGGAGAUUGCCUUGAGCGGUGAAGCACUCGUGGAUGGACUUGGGAAUCAAACAUCGGACGCUGUCGAUAGCAUAACAAAAGGAAUAUCUGCGAUGGAUAUCCCCGAGCUUGAGACUGCAGCUAAACCUAGUGUAAUUCUCACACCUGGAGAUGAGACUGAGAGUAGCAGCGGAGUGAAGGACGAAAGUUGUCCAGUUGAUUUGAAUGUUGGACACAGAGCCCAGCCUGCUUCAGGAGAAGAAAGUGAAAUAACCAGUGAAUUCGGAGCUGGAGAAAGCGGUGGAACUGUGGGCGCGGGAAGAUCUGGAUAUGAUGCUGGUGAUCAUGGAACACUUCAGAUUGUCUCGGCCUCGUCACCACUUGGGAAAGGUGGCGAAGUGCCUGUGCUCGAAGAAAUCUCGUCGAACGAGCUAAAGUCUACGAGUACCUUAACUUUUAGUGCCUCAAGUUCUUCCGAUCCAGGCAGGAUGCAAAUGCCUUGCAAAGAGGACAACCCUGGGGAUGUGAAGCAGAGGGAAGAUUCGCCCUCAGGUCCCUCCGCUGGACAGAAGAAAGCAUCGGAAACUUCGGCACUCCGUAGGUGGAAGACAGCUUAUGCCUAUGCCAAGAACUCAAAAGUCAUAAAACAGAAGGCCUCGACCUCCCUCAUAGGUACUGGGGCGACAUUGGAAGGCUAUGCCUUGGGCUUUAUGAGUAUAGAGAGUGCAACUCGCAAGAUGCUGUUUACUUCUCUAUAUAAUCAAAAAACGGAGUACAUCCUUCUUGGUGUCAUUCUGGGUCAUUUCUUUGUGCUGAUAUUGAAAGCUGAGCACAAAUGGGUGACCCCCUUUCACCCCAGCAUGGACGCCGUCAUGGUGGCAGACGUCAUUCUUACGUCAGUUUAUACAGCCGAAUGUGUUGGGCGGAUCUUAACGUUAGGUUUAUACCAAGGUCCGCAUGCAUAUCUUCGAAAUGGCUUCAACAAACUAGACCUUAUCAUUGUUUUGGAUUCCUGGGUCCACAUUGUGAGGACAUACAUUAUGAAUGGAGACAAGUGGCUUCGCAUUGCAGUACUCCGCAUUUUUCGAGGAUUACUGGUUCUUCGUCACUUUUCUUUCGUUGGAGAUAUAUUUGCGAUCUUAGAUGCAAUUCGCCGGAGUGUCCGUGCAUUGGAAACGGUGAUCAUGUUUACACUCAUGUUCCUAUCCUUCUAUGCACUACUUGGAUCACAACUUUUUGGUGGGAGUUUUCACUUCAGGUGCGUGAGGAAGAGUGAUAAUGAAGUAAGUAUUCCAGAAAGGGCUUGCAUUAAUUAUUAUGAAGGCAUAUCUGACUCGCAAGGGGAGUAUAUAGGCUGGGCAGAUACGUGUGAUAAACUCCCAGACGCGGCUAUGGUCUGCAAGGAUCGCUCUAAUCCAAAUUGGGGAGCUACCAACUUUGACAAUUUUUCUGCAUCCAUCCUUAUCGUUUUCCAGGUUCUUACAUUUGAAGGGUGGUCUCUUAUUAUGAGGUGGGCGAACGACAGCUCAGCAUUAAAAAGCACGCAGACAUAUUUUGUUAUCUUAGUCAUCUUUGGGAGCUAUUUCAUGGUCAACGUUUUUGUGGCAACCAUUAGUGGUGUCUUCUUACGAGUGAGAAAGGAACACCAGGCUUUGAUGAGAAGGUAUCGACGAGACAAAGCAUUCUCAUUCGCCAAUGCACUUCAAAUGGCUAGUUUGAUGAAGGAGGUUAUCUUGAGCAAUGAUGCAAGGCUAACCUGGAGGCACCGACUUAGGCGAAAGACUGCCGGACUGAGCACCAACUUUUCUUAUGCUUUGAGUCGCCAAAGCACCAGGGUGAAGAGAACCAUGUCAAAAGCUUUCGACUGGAAGGAGUCCAGUUCCUACUUGAAACACAUCAGCAGCUUUGCUGUUUUAGGAACUGAAGACUCCUCCGAUAAACUUCCCGAUGACCCAACCCUUUCGCGAUCCUUGUCUCGCAGCCUGUCCCGCAACGUCUCCCGCGCCUCUCGCCUAGGUCGUACCGCUGCAAAAAGUGUGUCUAUGACAACUCACCAUUAUGUGCAGAGAUUUUCUGCUAAAUGCUGGGCGAUAGUGCAAAGCAAGGCGUUCAAGUAUGCUGUUCUACUUCUUGUGUCCUUCAACAUGAUAGUUCUGUGUUCCUUGAAAGCGAAUAUGACCUCUCGGCACGCGGACGCCGUUCAUAAGCUGGAGAUUGCUCUCAUUGCAGUCUUUGCUGCUGAGCUGAUCUUGCGCUUUCUAGCAGCGGGCCUUCCUGGGUUUGUAGAUGAAAAAAUGAAUGUGAUCGAUCUUCUGGUGGUCAUUAUCUCUUGCUGGAAUACUGGAACACAUCGGAAGUUCGUCAACGUCACCCCGAUCCGAAUGCUGCGCUGGUUUUACGUCAAAAGGAGCAAACGGAUGGCUAAAGGCGGUGACAAUCAGACAAUAAUGGUGUCUAUCCUCAGGAGCUUGGGAGCUUUGGCGAGUGUAUACUUUUUUCUAUUUAUUGUCAUAAUUAUGUUCUCCAUCUUCAGUAUGGAGCUAUGGGGUGGUCAAAUGGAUGAGUUUGACGAUGGUUAUCCUCGUGCUAAUCACGACAGUUUCCUGCAAGCAAUGCUUUUGUGGUUCAUUGUUACUACGGGCGAAAGUUGGGUGGAUUACAUGUGGUCCGCAAUGCGGCCCGGAGUUAAAAACAGGUGGGUUUCCCCAUUCAUAUUCAUCUUUUACUACAUGAUAACUGCUUAUGUGAUCCUCAAUCUAAUCAUUGCGACUAUCUUGGAAGAAAUGGAGCUGACAGACAAUCAGAAAAAGCACCUACAAAAGCGAGAACACCUGAAGUGGUUACAAACCAAGCAUUUUCAUGGGGUCUCUGAGAAACGGAGUUCAGACUGGCUUGUUGGGGCUGUUCAAGGUGCCCAAAAGGGGCUCAAGGAUGUGAGGCGGCGGAUGAGCUCCUUGAAGAUAUCGCGUAAGUCAAUUCUUCCUGUAUCAAGUUCAAAAACGGCCGAUGUACCGCAACAACAAGAAGUAGACGACAGUUUCCAGACACCCAGCAGCCCCGAAGGUGUAAGUAUGUCUCAAGAGGUUUCAACGAAACGAAGUUCCUACUCAGCUCUUGACACAUCAGUUUCUUCCGAAGAGGAUGUUCAAUCGAAAGCAAGAGUUCGCCGGCGAAGCAGCUUGAGUAGCUUGAAUCCGGGUAUCGACAAGCCACUUAUAAGGCGGAGCCGCAGCCAAGAAAUGGAUAGAUCGUUACUGAGGAGUGGAGAUACUGCCUCAAAUUUGGCUGCAACUGUUAAUGGUGGAAACAGAUUUGUAUUGCAGUCUGCAGUGUUAGCUAUCGCAGAUGAUCAAGCUUUGGUUGCAGCUGCUGACAAGAAGAAAGUUACAAUCUCGAAGCAAGUAGAAAAUGAUGAACAGUCUCCCGCCACCUCAAAGAAUCCUGCAUAUUCAAGAACGAGAAGUGUUCGUGGAGUUUCGUUUCUCCUAUCCGAAUUUCAAGAAGCACCGGCCGUGGUGGAAAAAGUAGUGCCGUGGUGGUUGAGCAGUCGGUCUCUUUUUCUAUUUCAACGAGACAAUGUCUUUAGAGUUUUUAUCACGAAGUUAAUUGAACACCCUGUCUACCUUGCUUGGGAGUGCUUAUGGAUAUUUCUGGGUGUUUACGCGCUGAUACGGCAAUCUCCGAUGGGACCAUAUCUCGAUAAUUGGAUUAAUUAUUCAGAAUAUGGGCAUGCUGCUGUUUUUCUAGUUGAUCUAUUCUUCAAGCUGAUUGCUUACGGCUUAAUUUUUACACCAGAACCAUAUCUGGGAGAUCCAUUCAACUUGAUCGACUUCUUGAACUUGUUGUUUUCGCUAAUUAGACUACGGAUGUAUUGGAGUGAUGGCGGAUCGCGACCGACUUUUGAUUUAGCGGCUCGAUGUUUGAUGACAGUUCGGCCUUUUCGAUUGAUCGCUCGAUUUGCAGGCCUAAGGAAUUUAUGUCUUUAUAUUGUGAAGACUAUUCCCGCCAUUUCCCAGGUUUUCCUUUUCACACUUGUUGUGUAUGCAAUCUACGCGGUAAUCGGUCUACAACUUUAUGCAGAUCGAUUUCGUUUUUGUUCAGACCCGGAUGCCGAGAGCCACUUGGAUUGUGUUGGCAUUUUCCGGAACGAUGUUGGAAUCAUGGCGCCGCGCACAUGGAUGAAUCAGGACUUUAACUUCGAUAACUUUGGCAACGCCAUGUUAUCACUGUUCGUGGUGUCCACAUUCGACAGCUGGCCUUCAAGGUUUCUAUAUCCCGCAAUGGACUUGGGUCACAAAAUCGGGCUCCAACCUCGUCGGAAUCAAAGUCCCUCACAUGCCAUAUAUUUCGUCUCCUUCGUCUGCAUCGGAGGUUUUUUCAUCCUACGAAUGUUUGUGGGUGUUUUUAUUGAUCAGUUUGGAAUCAUCUCAGGGCGCAAAUUGCUGACUGAAAGGCAGAAGUUGUGGCGAGACACCAACCGCCUGAUUCAAGGCUUGAGACCCAAGCGUGUACCUAUAAUUUUUCCUACUUACGGAGUUCGCCGCUUAUGCUUCCAAGCUGUCUACAAUAGGAAGUUUGAACUUCUGUUGGUCUUCGUAGUCAUGGUCAAUUUUCUAUACCUGACAACAGUACAAGUUGGUUCGAAUGAAAAAGUUCCCUUGUUAUUGACUGAGAAUCGUGGGGGAUACCAAGUUAUCGAAGUCAUGUUCGUGUGUCUUUAUAUCGUGGAGGCUAUAAUGAAGCUUGUUGGCACCCAGUUCAGAGAUUGGUGGGACGACAAGUGGAAUGUCAUGGAGUUGUGUAUGGCUAUCAUAUCCGCGAGUUGCUUAUAUCCCGGUACCAAUAAGAAAAGGUAUUUUACGGGAGCAUUUUUUACGAUAGUAAGGAUCUUUCGUGUGAUUCGUUAUUUACCAACUUUGAAUCACAUGAUGAGUACAGUUCUCAUCAGUUUUCCGGCUAUGGUGAACAUCAUGUCGUUGAUGGGCAUUUUUCUCUGUUUCUUCGCCUCAAUGGGGAAUUUCGUCUUCUGGAACAUAAGAAACGGGGUGUGCAUAGAGAAACAUACCAGGGACUUCAGAGACUUCAGUGGUUCUUUCCUCAUCUUGCUUCAGAUAACGACUCUGGACGACUGGUCUUGCUUCUUAAUAGAUCUGAGAGUUACUAGCCCGCAGUGCCUGCAUACUGAUUCAAACACUACUGACGACUGUGGAUUUCCCGUUGGAGGAUUGAUUUACGUCCUGAUCACGUGAUGGCUUUUCAAGCUCUGUGGUCGAAGAGCGAUUACGACCCCAGAUGCACGGGAUACUUGGGACAACAUAAACUGAAGGACUUCUUCAUCGAGCUGGGGCCACCUUUGGGAGGGAGAGGACCGCAGUUUCUCAAGAGGUACACGCGAAUUGUGUUCGAAGUCAACCAUUUUCGCGAUGGAAAAGGGGUUGCUUUCCGGCCUCUUCUCGAAACCGUCUGCCUGUACAAGAUUGGCCCCAGAGGUCUGGAGCUCCCGGUGCGCAUAGAGCGAGAGCGAGAGAUUCACAGCAUCUACGAGGAAGGAGCGGCCGUCAUGAUCCAGGGCCUCGUUCGGGGCUUUCUGCAGAGGAGGAGGCGAGGCAGAGACGAAGAGCCUCCCUCCUCCUCCUCCUCGGACCCUCCUCCGCUGCUGCUGACACAAGGGGCCGUGGCAGAACCAUCACGUGAUGAUGCUCCUGGUCCUUCUUCUUCUGAACAUGGCCAUGGAGGAGCAGCCGUCUCGUUUUCGUCCUCGUCUUCUUCGUCCUCGUCUGCCUGCGCUGCUCCUGCUGCUGCUACUCCAGUGCCAUUGCUGCUCCAGUCGCCAACAACAACAACAACAUCCACACCCGAGGCGCAGCAGAUCGUCCCAGCAGAAGCAGAAGAACCUUGACGAUCAUGCACACCACGCUGUCAUUUGUCAAUCACCUCCUUGUUCCUUCUCUUUUCUUCGUACUCAUGCUCUGCUCGGCCAUCUCCUCGCCCUUCUUCAUCUUCACCAUGUUCAUCUUCAGUCAUGCCCAACUGACCUGGAUUUCUCAUCCCAUGAAACUUAGUACCUAUCCAGCUUGCAUAUUAUUUUUAAUUUUCUUAUGUGGUACAUUUCAACUAUUUUUUUCCCAUAUGUACGACAAACGAGGAUUUUUGCUACUCUUAACUCACAGAUUAACCAUAAGUACUUUCGACUGCCUUUGAAUCUCAAGUGGAUUGUGAUCAGUAACACUAGGUUCAGAAUUUUCUCGAGAGAACUUCACAAGGAGUCAACUCCAAGUUGGGCUAGCUUGUUGAAUCCACGUCCACUUUUGAACAAUCCAACUUUUAAAGUUAUGCUUAGUUUCUGAGUAAAUGACCUAUCACAAGGCAUGUUCUCGAUUAGGUAGUCUCUACUUUCAUACUACUACUACCUACAAGGUUCAAAAUAGAUAUAUACACUUUUCGUAGCUCAAACUUGAGCUUCAUGUUUUACUUAAAUGAUAAAAGUGCAGAGCAAGUACUGGUUGUUUUAAACUACUCGAGCCCUAAAGUAUAUUAGCUACUUAAGGGAUAUUCUUAACUCUAAAUACUAUUUUACUUGUUAUGUUGCAAAACG